AUGGGUCGCAGAGACCGGCUCGUCAGCAUCUCCAUCACGCGCGCCAUCUUCCCGACUCAGCCUGCACAUGAUGAUGAAGGACCGCGUCUCGGUCUGUUCGCACGUAUCUGGGCUUUCUUUGCCAUCUUCAGUCUACCCCUUGUUAGGUAUCGAGCAUCCCUAUUCGAGAGGCUGAGAAGCGAUGCAUGGGAAAUGGAAGAAGAAGAAUACCUGGAGAGUUUCCGGAGUUCAACCAAGAGCAAGCGAACGGAUCUUGUGGCCGUCGGGGACUUGGGCUACUCGGGCUCAACUUUCUUUACCACUCCCAACUCCAAGUAUCUGAUCAAAUCGCUGCCCCGCAAGUUCGAGCAGACGUUCUUUCGCGAUCGCCUCCUCGAGCCCUAUGUCGAACACAUGCUGUCUAACAAGGAUUCCCUUCUCGUAAGAAUCACCGACCUUCUCUGCAGCCGUACAUGUACCAUCGGUACUGCGAUCGGCGCCGCGCCCAGUCAUCACAUAGUCAUGGAGAACAUACUGCUAGCUCCGGAAAGCGUCAAGGACCGACUGAUUGACGUUUUCAAAGACAAGAUCAAGGUCACCAUAGACCAGAAGGAGAAUCUCAUGGCCCAACUUGUACGAGACUCGCAUACUCUGCAAGCCAGUAAUGCAGUCGACUACUCUUUGUUUCUCGUCCGCUACCCAGCAAAUCUUGGCUCAAUCGGCUCAAUCGAUGACGGCUGCGUGGGGAAUCCUCCAGGACGUGGUUCCUCGUGGCGCAAGGGCGUCGUCUCGAGAGAUGGAAAGUGGGUCUAUCGCGCUGUUGUCCUAGACUUCUUCUGGGCUAAAGAUGCCCUACAAGCGCAGAUGCUCACUGGACUGGUGAAGUUGUUCAACACUCUUACAUUCGGCAAGGAUUAUGGGCCAAUGAGUAUCACGACUUCGAGCGAUGAGUAUCGACAAAGGUUCCUCGGCAUGGUUGAUGACAUGGUCGAAGUACCGGAUAGUGCUGGGCAGCCGUCGGGCAAAGUACGAGUUACAACACCGAAAAGUAGUGAGCAGGAGAAGCGGUUCGCUUUUGUCGCAGUAUGUAAAUGGACCAUUGUGCACGAUGCAAAGUGCCGCGAUGGCGGUGAAGGAUCCAUUGCAAGCUUGUCGUCAUGGUACAGAUGGUCAAAGGCCUGA